GAAUUUGGUUGGCUCUUGGACGGGAGAUGGUUAUGGCAUCAUUGGAUAUACUUUUUGAUUCAGUUACAUUCUGCACUUUGUGAGCGGUGGCGGUGUCGCUUUUCAGUUUUACCACAGCCGUUAGCAAUCUUAUUCUUCAACAAUCUUCAUCUCUCUUCAGUGUCAUUUAACUUUCAAAAAUUAGUAACAUUUUUUUUCAAGUGUUUAAAAAUUAAAUUAAAAAAGAAUAACUUUGAAUAAAAUGUGUAAAUUGAACAUAUUUUGCUAGUUUCAAAAGUUUUUUAUGUGUGCUUAAAAGAGUGUUUUUUUUUUAAAUUUAAUAUUUAAGUUUAAAUUAAUUACAAAAGUGUACGAAAUGAGUUUACCAAAUGGUGUUGAUAUGACAAAUUUAAUGUCUCAACAUCCUGUGCUAGGAGCUUUGCCACCUUCGUUUUUUCUUCGAGCUGCCUCAGAACGCUAUCAAAGGACACCAAAAUGUGCAAGAUGUCGAAAUCACGGAGUGGUUAGUGCAUUGAAAGGACACAAAAGAUAUUGCCGAUGGCGGGAUUGUGUCUGUGCAAAAUGUACAUUGAUUGCUGAGAGACAACGUGUCAUGGCAGCACAGGUCGCCCUGAGGAGACAACAGGCACAAGAGGAGAAUGAGGCUCGUGAAUUAGGUUUAUUGUACGCAGUGCCAAAUGCGAAUUCUGGCAAUUCGGAUAAAAUUCCUCACUCACAGGAUUCUAUUAGGGGGUCCACAACAUCACCGAGGAAGGAUACGUCAAGAAACCAGAGAAAUUCAUCGUACAACAAUAAUGAUUCCCAAUUAGAUAUUGGAAGAUCUACACGACUGUCAGCAUCUUAUUCACCGGAAAACACAGAAAAUGAUGGAAGUCCCGGUCCAAAGCGUACAAGACUCUCGAAUGAAACAGACAAUGACAACGACACAGGAUCUGAGUCGUCUCCAAGUAGUCCCGCAACAUGCCUCAAGGCAAAUCCAUUUUCUUUGCCCAGUCAACUGUCUCCAAUUCAGAGGGGUGCACCGAGUUCACCGGAGUCUGAUCUCGAUGUUGAUUCAGCCCUCGAGAAUGCCACUCCCGAGAAUCUCAGUCUCAAGAAGGAGGACUCCACCUCUCCCCCACCCACUGGUCCACCAUGCACCACCCUCGACAAUCUCCACGCACUUCGUUCUUUCACAAGCUCCCAGGGUUUCAUACCGUACCACCAUCAUCCCCAUCAGCAACCCUAUGUGCAGCAGGAUGCCCUCGAUGGUGGCGUUUCGCUGUCCAGUCAGUCACGUUCACCCGUGAAUGUUCUCCUACGUGUAUUCCCCAAUAGACGACGUAGUGAAGUAGAGCAGCUACUGCACAGAUUCCGCGGGGAUGUAGUUCAAGCAAUGGAGGCAAUGCUCAAUGGGGAGAGUGCCCUAAAUUCCAUUUGUGUACCAUCGGUAUCUCCACCUUUUUCCGUGAAGUCCGCAUUUUCACCCCUCAUACCUCCGACGGCAUUUGUCACGGCCGCCGGUGGAAGGUAUCCGUACAUGCCACAACAGCCUGUAGCCACUAAACGCUUUCUGGCAGCACCAUAUUCUGGUACCGGCUACCUUUCCACAGUGAUUCAAUCCGAACCAGCAGAACAGAUUGAGUCAAAUGGAUCAAGUGGCCCCAAUAGCGGGGGAAGUUCCGGCGGAAAUGGCGGCGGAAGUAAUGGUCGUGCUGGAACACCGCCUGGUGGAAGUGAGAAUCAGGAGUAGUUUUAUAAAAAUUUACGUACUUAAGCUGAAUUCAAAUUAUACUAAUGGGAACUUUCAAAAGCUAUAGGUAAUAUCCCUAUCAAUAAUAAUUCGCUGUAGCCCUCCCAAAAUACUGUAUUUUAUAUGAUAAAAAAAACUUUCUCAUUUUCUUUUAAAUUAAAUCUAUAUAGUGCGUAGUGAUUCGUUUUUCAAUUAUAAAAUUAUAUGGAGGUACCAUUAAAAUCCUCUCGAAAGUAGAUGAAUUUUUAGCACUUGUAUCUUUGAAAUAAUGUAUUGUACAGUAUACAGUAAUUAUGUAUUUUAGAAUGAGACCGAGAGAUGAAAAUAAUCUCAAUAUGCUUUAAUCAGAUGCUAAAAAAAUUAUUUGAAAAGCCAAUAAAGAUGUGUAAUGGAUUGAAGAAAAA